AUGGCUCCAUUGAUCCAUGAAAACGAGAGUUUUUCUCCCUAUCAAAGCAAUGCAUCCUCCUCGAAGCCCCUGCCCCGCGAGUCUGCGAAGUCCAUUCCUUCUUCGCACACCAGUCGUCUCGAGCUGGCGUUGUCUGAAGCCCCAGCCACCCUUCAGCAUGUCUUGAAGACGGACACAGAUGGUGGGGCUCUCUGUAAUGGAAACUCUGCUGGUGUUGACAACACCUUCAAGAUCCUGCAGCUGGCUUGGGCACUCACCACAUCCUGUUUCACCUCCGCCAAUUCCCUCCUGUUCGACUGGGAUUCAAAUUCAGGAAUUUCCUGUUUGAAGGCGCUCUCGACUGGACAGGGCUCCCAGUUUGGGGAUCAAUUAUUAAUCAUCGAACCGGAUGCCAGUUUGCGACAAGUUCUAGACAAGCUAGCUACCACCCAACGCCGCGCUCGGGAAUGCGCCAAGCAAACCGGGAAUUCUGAUGAUGAGGGUUCAACUGACAUGUUCUCAACUGCCUUUCGCUAUCGCAAUGCUUCAGCGUCAAAUUCAGAAAUCAAUUCCGAGGUCGAUAUUUUUCUCGACGUUACCGAUGCAAGAGACGGCCGAUUGUUGGCCGAGCUUGUCUUUUCGAGCCAGGCCAUCGCUGACCCACUUGCGUUAAGUGUUCUACACACGUUCGACCAUGUCUUAUCGUCGAUACGGAUGUCCCCAGAUAUAACAGUGGAGGAAGUCAACAUGUGCUCGCCGCACGAUCGACAACAUAUUACCCAGCUAACCAGCCAUGUUUCUGAGUCCAAUGAGCGAUGUCUUCAUGACAUGUUUCUGGAACAUAGCCACACCAAUCCCGAUGUUCAGGCCGUGGUUUCGUGGGAUGGUGAUUUGACUUACGGAGAGCUGGACGAUCUGACGUCAAGACUUUCCCAUCGUCUUGUUGAGCUAGGGACCGUUACACAAGGCCUGGUUCCAAAUAUCAUCGAGUUAUCCAAGGAUGGAAUCCUGAGUCUUCCGAAAAAGGUCGAACCGGCGUGUACCACUGUACGACCAACCAAUGCAUGCUUGAUUUUGUUCACUUCGGGUAGCACCGGGGAACCGAAAGGGAUUAUCCAGGAGCACCGGACCUAUGCCACUGCCGUUCGAGAUUAUGCGAGGAUCCUUGGUCUCGAUGCAGGAACUAGAAUGUAUCAGUUUGACGACUAUGCUUUCGACAUCAGCAACAACGACUACCUUGUACCACUUUCCGUUGGCGGGUGUUGCUGCGUUCCACAUCCACAGAAGGCCAUCCAUGUUCUGAAGCAGCAUAUGAACAACUUAGGUGCAAACGUAUCCUUUCUUACACCAACAGUUGCCAUUCAGUUGGGUCCAGAAGAUGUUCCAGGCCUUAAAACACUAUGCAUUGGCGGUGAACCACCUUCGAACGACCUACUGUCGAAAUGGGCCGGAAAGGUGAAACUCGUUAAUCAAUAUGGCAUGGGCGAAGUCGCUACGUUUUGCACGUACAACGAUCAGAUGAGCCCUGGCAGUGGAACCAAUGUCGGACGCACCGGAACAGGCGCUGCCUGGGUUGUCUCCCCCGCAUCUCCGGAACGCCUCAUGCCUGUCGGCGCCGUCGGAGAAAUGAUCAUGGAGGGCCCUCAUCUUGCUCGCGGGUAUCUUGACCAGAUAUCCAGGAAGUCUGAAGCCGGCUUCUUACAAUAUACGCCAAAAUGGCUCCAUGAGCUACAUCCCGAGAGAGCAUCCUCAGCUAGACUGUACAGAUCUGGCGAUCUUGUAAAUGUAUAUUCGAAAGUCGAAUUGAUCAAGAAGACGAUCGGUGCUACGUUACCAGAAAUCCAAAUCCCCACACUCUUCCUUCUCGUCGAUCGAAUACCGCGCACAAAAUCGAACAAGACCGAUCGGCGAAAGUUGCACAUGCUAGGCCAGAACUACUACAUGCCCCAGCGAGAAGCGCCUAGCGGAGGAGCUGGCGAGGGAAAUCCGAAACUAGCGGCGGGCCGGGUUGCUCCGAAAGAAGGUCCUGUCCCUGUCAGCAACAGCAAUGGCGGCAUGAACGGGACAAAGAAACGACAGGUUCGUGAACUGGAUGGUACGGACGAUUUGCAGCCUAAGCGGCAAAAACAAGUGUGCUGA